AUGACACUUUCUGUGUCGCCAUCAGCUCGCUUGGCUUUUGACUCAUCCCUCCGUUUCCGAGUCUUUCCCCGCCAACCCCGCCAACUUGGCCUUCACUUUCGCUAUUCCUCAACUGCUAGCCAGCCCAACCAACUCAGUCAGCAAGCAAGAAUGGCCCACGAAAGUCAGGAUACUCAUCGGCCGAAGAAGCUUAUCUUCGCACCAGGCGACAUAGCCCCGACCCCAGAUCUCAAAGCCAGCACAAUUCAGUCCCAAGACCAAGCCACCCCCGACGCCCGCAGCGAAACUUCCACCCCAACCUCAACAACAGAAACCCAAAUCCUCUCACACCCAUCGCGAGCCCACCAAUUCACAACAAACCCACCUCUCACAAUUUCCCAAGUCCACAACACAAACCCCCUACACCAAUUCCACACCUGGUUCCGCGAUCCCCGACUCCCAGCAUCCUCCGCACCGGAAACAUGCACCCUGGCCACAGCCUCGAUGCCCUCCGGCCGCGUCAGCGCCAGAGUAGUCUACCUGAAAGAGCUGGACGAGCGCGGCUGGGUGGUGUACAGUAACUGGGGAAGUCGCGAGGGCAAAGGAGGACAAGUCUUCGGCGCUGGAACCGGCGACAACACUGAUAUCCUCCCCGCAAUGCCAGAGCCAGACUCAAUCCACGAAGAAUUCGGAGUAGGCAACAAAUGGGGCGCGCUCACGUUCUGCUGGUCAAAUGUCGAACGCCAAGUUCGCAUUGAAGGACUCCUCGAACCGCUGUCCCGCGAAGAAAGCGAAUUAUACUGGCGCACCCGCGAGCGGGGAAGUCAAAUUGGCGGCUGGGCAAGCUGGCAGAGUCGUGUUCUGUGGGAUGCUGAGCCGGAGAUGUUGGCUGAGCGUCAGCGGAGGAAGAGUGUUGCGACUUUGCAGGAGGGUGGGGCGGAUGAAAUUCCGCAUGAUAUCGAGCAGACGGAUAUUGAAGAUGGGAGAUCUUUGCUGGAGGCAAGGGUUAAGGAGAUGGAGGCUAAGUUUGAGGGUGUCAAGGAUAUUCCCUUGCCGCCUUUCUGGGGAGGUGUCCGGCUUGUCCCUGAGUCUGUGGAGUUCUGGCAGGGAAGACGAAGCCGUUUGCAUGAUCGGUUUAGAUAUGUUAGAAUCGGGGGUGAACUGGGGAGGGGAGCUAGUUGGAGGCCCAGCGCAAAAGACACAAUGUCUUCUUCACCAACACCAACACCCAAAUCCUCCACGUCCCCAUGGAUCAUCCUAGCCAUAACGAGCGGAACGUUCGCCGCGCUGAAUGGCGUUUUCGCCAAAUUAACAACAGAUAACCACACCACAUCAUUCGCAACUGCCAUCGCACACCUCCUCGGAAUGGAGUCUUCGCCUUUCAUUGAGAUGAUUGUUCGCGGUGCUUGUCUUGGACUAAACGUCGUCUGCAAUAUCAUCAUGUGGGCCCUCUUCACGCGAGCCCUAACGGCCGGUCCAUCAACGACGAAGGUGUCCAUCACCAAUACGGCAAGUAAUUUCCUUGCGACGGCGUUGCUUGGCAUGAUUGUCUUUAGUGAGGCUGUUGGGGGGCUUUGGUGGGUUGGGGCUGGGAUGAUGGGGGCUGGGUGUAUUCUUGUUGGUAUGAGGGAGGGGGCUUGA